UGCAAAUUGUGCAGUAAUCAUAGUGUGACGCGGAUCCACUGGAAUAAAAAAAAAAAUCAGUAAAACACCACCGACGCGGGACUGACCAUCUCUCUUAGCUUCAUCCUUCAUCUUCAGAUCCCAUUUCCAGCUUACUCUACUGGCCUCAAAAUCCCAGUAUCGCGUACAGGCAAAUGCUCAUAUUUUGGCUUUAAUCGGGAAUCUUACAUACAGUCCACGCGCAUCUGCAUCGUUAUCGACCGUUAGAUCCGUCGGAGAGAUCUGGAAUGGCGGUUGCAGUCCGGGGAGGCCGUGGCGUCGGCGGAGCGUCUGGCGGCGGAUCGGCACUUCGUAACUUCUUCUCCUACCGCGUCUUUGUCUCCGCCAUGUUCACUCUACUCUUCGUCGCCACUCUAUCUGUGCUCUUCUCCUCCCGCCCCACUCACCACGGCUCCACUGCUGGAAAUGUGUAUGUGCACAGAACAUUCCUGGCGUUGCAAUCAGAUCCCUUAAAGACUAGAGUAGAUUUAAUACAUCAGCAAGCUAAUGACCAUAUAGCACUUGUUAAUGCCUAUGCGGCUUAUGCAAGGAAACUCAAGCUUGAUAUCUCUAAGCAGCUCAAAUUGUUUGAGGACUUGGCUCAGACUUUCUCAGAUAUUCAAAUGAAACCCAAUUACCGAACAGCUUUGUUUGAGACUGAUGGGCCUAUGGAUGAGGAUUCUUUGAGACAGUUUGAGAAGGAGGUCAAGGAUAGAAUCAAGGUUACCAGGUCAAUAAUUGCUGAAACAAAAGAGUCUUAUGAUAAUCAGUUAAAGAUUCAGAAGUUAAAGGAUACAAUAUUUGCUGUUAGUGAGUUGCUUCAGAAGGCUAAGAAAAAUGGUGCUUUUGCCAGUAUGAUAGCUGCGAAAUCUACUCCAAAGAGUUUGCAUUGUCUUGCAAUGCGGCUUAUGGGGGAGAGAAUUGCCAAUCCAGAAAAAUACAGAGAUCAACCCCCUAAGCCUGAGUUUGAGGACCCCACUUUGUAUCAUUAUGCAAUAUUUUCUGAUAAUGUAAUUGCCGUCUCUGUGGUAGUGAAUUCAGUCAUAAAGAAUGCAAAGGAGCCAUGGAAACAUGUCUUCCAUAUUGUUACUGACAAGAUGAAUGUAGCUGCUAUGAAGGUCUGGUUUAAGAUGAGGCCAGUAGGUGGGGGAGCUCAUAUUGAAAUUAAAUCUGUAGAGGAUUACAAGUUCUUAACUUCCUCAUAUGUUCCAGUAAUCAAACAGCUUGAGUCUGUAAAUUUGCAGAAGUUCUACUUCCAAAACAGAGCAGAGAAUGCAACUAAAGAUGUGAACAGCAUGAAAUUUAGGAACCCCAAGUACUUGUCAGUGUUGAAUCACUUAAGAUUUUAUUUGCCAGAAAUGUAUCCGAACCUACAUCGGAUUUUGUUCCUAGAUGAUGAUGUUGUGGUCCAGAAGGAUUUGACAGCACUUUGGAACAUAGAUAUGGGUGGGAAGGUAAAUGGAGCUGUUGAAACCUGCUUUGGGUCUUUUCACCGCUUUGCCCACUAUCUGAACUUCUCUCAUCCUCUCAUCCGGGAAAAGUUCAAUCCUAAGGCAUGUGCGUGGGCAUUUGGGAUGAAUAUAUUUGACCUUGAUGCUUGGAGGCGUGAAAAAUUGACUGAGCAGUACCAUUACUGGCAAAACUUGAAUGAGGAUAGAACCUUAUGGAAGAUGGGAACACUUCCACCUGGGCUACUCACUUUCUACUCAACAACCAAAUCAUUGGAUAGAUCGUGGCAUGUGCUUGGCCUUGGUUAUAAUCCAAGUGUCGGCAUGGAUGAAAUCAAUAAUGCUGCUGUCAUCCAUUUUAAUGGGGACAUGAAACCUUGGUUGGACAUUGCCAUGAACCAAUAUAAGAAUCUAUGGACUAAAUAUGUCGACUCGGAAAUGGAAUUUGUGCAGAUGUGCAAUUUUGGGAUGUAGAUGAACUGUCUGUUAUUGCCUCACCAACUCUGAGGUAACGGAAAACUGAAUUACACUCAUUGUUCAUCUCGAGUACUUUAAAGUCUCUCCUUUUCCAUUUCUUAUAUAACUGCCAGACAAAGCUCUAGGCUUUCAGUUCUUCCCCAUAGUAGCUCACUAUAGUUUGUUUUGUUGUUACCUAUUGUAUUAUUUAUGAAUCGGGACCAAGACACAGAUUUUGUACACACCAAAAUUCUUCUUGUAUGAAAUUUCUCAGAAUUAAAAUCAAACCUUAAUUUAGUUUUCAAAUUGGCACAUCUCUAA